AUGGGUCAAGCCCAGGGAGCCAUGGAGAUUUACCGUCAGGGCAUUUCCAAAAUGUCGAAUGGCCAAUAUCAGGCAGCAAUCCAGGACUACAACAGGGCCAUUGAGCUGGACCCUAGACAUACUGCAGCAUUUCACCAUCGGGGCAUAUCCAAAAUGGCUCUUGGCCAACACGAAGCGGCCAUCCAGGACUAUGACAAGGCCAUUGAACUGGACCCAGCCCUUUCGUCGGCAUUUUUCAAUCGAGGCACUUCCAAGAUGGCUCUUCGCCAGCAUGAGGCGGCAAUCCAGGAUUUCGACAAGGCCAUUGAGCUGGACCCCAGAAAUCCUGCAGCAUAUCGUAAUCGGGGCAUAUCCAAAAUGGCUCUUGGCCAACACGAAGCGGCAAUUCAGGAUUUCGACAAGGCCACUGAGCUGGACCCUAGAAAUUCUACAGCAUUUAUCCAUCGAGGCACUUCCAAGAUGGCUCUUCACCAGCAUGAGGGAGCGCUCCAGGAUUUCGACAAGGCCAUUGAGCUGGACCCCAGAAAUCCUACAGCAUAUCGUAAUCGGGCUACUUCCCAGAUGGCUCUUGGUCAACAUGAGGCGGCCAUUCAGGAGUUCGAUAAGGCCAUUGAGCUGGACCCCAGAGAUCCUGCGGCAUAUCGUAAUCGGGCAGCUUCCAAGAUGGCUCUUGGUCAACAUGAGGCAGCCAUCCAGGAUUAUGACAAGGCCAUUGCACUUCUAAGAUGGCUCUUCGCCAGCAUGAGGCGGCCAUCCAGGACUAUGACAAGGCUAUUGAGAUGGAUCCAAGGCUUGUAGAAGCUAUCCACAAUCGGGGCGUUUCCAAAAUGGCACUUGGCCAGCAUGAGGCGGCAAUCCAGGAUUACAACAGGGUCCUGGAGCUCAACCCCAGCCAUUCUGGGGCCAUUCGCAAUCGGGAUAUUUCCAAGGAGGCCAUCGGCCAAGAUUAGACCUGUGCAAAAACUGAGCGUGGCGAUAGCAGACUGCCCUGUUCCGCUGCAUCCGGAAAAGGUCCUUCUUGGGUCGGCCUGAACCGAGAAAGAGAGGGAGGCAGUGGAGGCUGUCCUCACAGUCCGUUAGAUAUCUUCACAUUCCGUGCGGGAGCUGAGAGCCUGUCCUGGGUCCAAGCAGAUGAGAGAUGCCCAUGUUUCAUCACGUUUUCAGUGUAAUCCGCAUCGAAAAGAAACCAGUGAAAGACCGUCAGACCCUCACCAAAUGCUGGAAGACCUUCCACAACUGCUCGAAGACCUUCCAAGAACUUCCGCA